AUGGCUAUCCUGCGGUCGUGUUGUUGCUUUUUCUCCGUGCGCAAAGGAAGCUUCGUGUGCGGAGUCUACACUUUGAUUUUCUACACGAUGCUAGUGGUCACCGGAAUAUUCCACGCAAACUCCGUGCUCCAUACUCCUGUCGGCUUUACGUUGGUUCUGCUGCUCCUCAUUUUUUCGGGCCUCUGCGUCAUUUUCUCUGUAAUUCUACUUUUGGGAUUGUUUCUGGACAACCGUCUUUUGCUGAUUCCAUGGCUUACCGUUGUCUCUAUGACAACGCUUUUUGACGUAGCCCUGUCGCUGUACUUCGUCACUGACCUGCGUGUUAAUCCGUUCGUGAUUGCCAUGUACGUCGUCGACUACACGCUGUGUUCCAUCAAUAUAUACGCCAUACUAUGCGUGCUUUCCCAAUACCAGGAAUACGCAGUGGGGCGAAGGGCGAUGGGACAAAAGAACCGCGCAGCUCUCCCGGUGCUCUCAGGUUACAGCAGUCGCGGGGAACGCUCGAAGAUAAGCAGCGUGGCUACUUGGCCAGGUCGCAUGCAACCCCAGUCGAAGCACGUAAGCCAGACUUCGACCAGCAUGGUGACCCAAUCAACCGUGCCCAAUGGCGCAUGCUUCUCCAACUAG